AUGACUUCGUAUAUUCAUCGAGACUCUCCCGUUUGCGUCAAAUCUGAAUUAGAUUUAUUUACCAUUCCUCCUACGCAAACAGCUAUAGAAAAAGGACAGUUUGUGGAAUAUCACCCUCUCGCAAAUAUACGAGAUGGAGGACCUAUCGAAUUUAAUAUUUCUGGCAGUGGUGAAGACUAUAUUGAUCUAGCUGCUUCUUAUAUACACGUGAAAGUUAAAGUAGUUAAGGCAGACGGAUCCAAUCUAACAGACAAAGAACCGGUUGCCCCUGUAAAUUUAUUUUUACAUUCUCUCUUUUCGCAAGUAGAUGUAAGUUUAAAUGAAAGAAACAUUUCAUCUGCGACAAAUACCUAUCCUUAUAGAGCCUUCAUCGAAACAUUAUUGAAUUAUGGGGAAGAUGCAAAGAAAAGUUUACUCACCUGCGAAGGAUUUUUCCAAGACACUUCACCUAAUAAAAUAGAUGUCUUAGCUCAAGAUGCGGAUGCUGGACUAAAAGCUCGCGGUGAACUUAUAAAAAACAGUCAAAGUGUGGAUUUGAUAGGACAAUUACAUUUUUCUACUGAGAAAGAAGAUGCCGAUUAUAAAGUGAUCUUGGAUCAUGCUUCUUUGUUUAUCAGAAAAGUAAAAGUAAACCCUGGAGUCUCUCUCGGACAUGUAAAAGCGUUGGAAAAAAGUUCUGCUAAAUACCCUAUAGAUCGAGUAUUAUGCAAAACAUAUUCAGUAUCUAAGGGAAGUUGGUCUUUUAUGCAAGAUAAUGUAUUUUUAGGAUUGAUGCCCAAGCGAGUCAUUAUUACUUGUGUAGAAAAUGCUGCAAUGAAUGGACAAUAUUCAAUGAAUCCCUUUCUGUUUGCCCAUCAUCAUGUCAACUUUAUAUCGAUUUAUGUAGAUGGACAACCCGUUCCAUGUAAACCAAUGGACCUUGAUUUCGAAUCUAAUCAUUAUGUGCGUGCUUACCACAGUUUAUUUUCUGGAUUUAAUCGCGACAAAGGCAUCUAUUUAUCUCGAGAAGAAUUUGUGAAAGGACAUGUGUUAUAUGCUUUCGAUUUAACUCCAGAUAUGUGUGAUGGAUCUCAUUUUAACUUACAGCAUCAAGGUAAUUUGCGAGUAGAAAUUAAAUUUGCUAAAGCUCUCUCUGUGACUCUCUCGGUGCUAGUCUAUGCAGAAUUUCAAAACGUGAUUGAAAUAACAAAAUCUCGUCAUGUACUAUGCGAUUUUGCUAAUUAA